UUUUUUUAUUUUUAGUAAUUAUAUUAUGUGCCCAUCACCUCCCAUUAGAUCAACACGCAGUAAAUGUGCUUGUUUUUGGAAGACUUUAAUUGUUAUUACUGCUGUUAUUACUGCUCUCUUUGGUGUUUUUGUUUAUCUAAAUGAGGAAUUUGAACCUGUUGUUUAUAGACUUCCACCACCACCUUCACUCAAAGGACCAUUAAAACCCAACAAUUAUCUACGUAAUGCUCAAAUGCUUCUAAAAGGCCAAAUUUUGGGGCCAGAAUCUCUGGUUGUUGAAAAGGAUGGAAAGAAGACAGUUAUUUACACUGGCACUUGGGAUGGAAAAUUGUUAAAAAUAGUUAAUGGAAUUGUGGAAAAAUCUCUGAAAAUUAAACCUGGAAAGAAGACUUUUGCUUGUGGAGCGACAUAUCAUACAGAACCAAAAUGUGGCCGACCAUUGGGAAUUCGCCGUCUUAACGAAAGGGGAUUUAUUGUAGCCGAAGCUUAUAGUGGAUUAUACACUGUGGACUUUGAAAAGGGAACUGUUAAUCAAAUAUUCUCUAAUGAACAAACACUUGAAGAGAAAAAGUGUCAUUUUGCUAAUGAUUUGGAUAUUUUAAAUGGAAGAAAUGAUAGCAAUUCAUUUACUGUCUUCUUCUCUCAUUCUUCUACACGUUGGGACAGACGCCGAUUUAUGCAUGACUUUUUUGAAGGAAAAUCGACUGGAAGACUCAUUCGUGUUGAAUUUGAUAGAAAUCUAAAACCGAAGCCAUCGGUUGCUUUGGAUGGUUUGGGGUUUGCUAAUGGCGUUCAACUUCAUCCUGAUGGGGAAUCUCUUCUUGUAUCAGAAUGUUCUCGUGCAAAAAUUAUUAGGUAUUUCCACAGUGGCCCUAAACGAGGACAACAUUCUGUCUUUACCAAAAAUUUGCCUGGAUUUCCCGAUAAUAUUCGAAUUUCCUCAUCUGGACAAUCUUUUCUUGUCGGAAUGGCUGCUGUUAGACAUUCUGAUCAAUUUAUCUCGUUCAUGGACUUUUUGGGUGGCCAUCCAUGGAUUCGAUGGGGAAUUGUACAGAUAAUCCCUCAGCGUUAUCUUACAUCAAUUUUAACAUUAGUCGCCCAAAAAUAUGGAAUGGUUGUAGAAUUGGACUUAAAUGGUAAAAUUAUUCGUUCAUAUCAUGACCCAACAGGAACGGUUAUUCAAGGAGUUUCACAGGCUUCUGAUGACGGUGACUUUCUUUAUCUUGGUUCAUUCCAUGCUGACUUUAUUGGGAAAGUUCCAAAGAAGGGCUAA